AUGGCUUUGAAAUCUUUCGUCGAAGUCAGCCCUGACUCUCACUUCCCUAUCCAGAACCUUCCGUUUGGUAUCUUCAAGCCUGAACCCGGUUCGACCCCUAGACCCGGUGUAGCAAUCGGCGAUUACGUGUUGGAUUUGUCCAGCAUCUCUGAUGCUGGCCUUUUUGACGGUCCGUUUCUCUCCGGCUCUGAUUGCUUCCAAGAGCCGAAUUUGAACAAGUUUUUAGCAUUGGGAAGGCCGGCGUGGAAGGAAGCACGUGCUACGCUUCAAAAUUUAUUAUCAGCUGAUGAGCCUAAGUUGCGUGAUAAUGCGAAUCUAAGGGAGAAAUCUCUUGUUCCGAUGGGCAAAGUAGAAAUGCUACUUCCGAUUGUGAUAGGGGAUUAUACGGAUUUCUUUUCGUCAAUGCAUCAUGCAAGGAAUUGUGGAAUAAUGUUUAGGGGACCAGAAAACGCCAUUAAUCCAAACUGGUUUCAUCUUCCCAUUGCAUAUCAUGGACGAUCGUCGUCUAUUGUUGUAUCUGGGACAGAUAUUAUUCGACCAAGAGGUCAAGGUCAUCCAAGUGGAAACACCCCACCAUAUUUUGGACCUUCAAGGAAGCUAGACUUUGAAUUAGAAAUGGCUGCUGUAGUUGGUCCUGGAAAUGAAUUGGGAAAACCUGUGGAUGUUAAUGAAGCUGGAGAUCAUAUUUUUGGACUUGUAUUGUUGAAUGAUUGGAGUGCUAGAGAUAUUCAAUCAUGGGAAUAUGUGCCUCUUGGGCCGUUUCUUGGGAAGAGUUUCGGUACAACAAUGUCCCCCUGGAUUGUGACACUUGAUGCCCUAGAGCCAUUUGCUUGCGAUGCCCCAAAACAGGAUCCUCAGCCCUUACCAUAUCUUGCUGAAAAGAUAUCAAAAAACUAUGACAUUUCAUUAGAGGUUCAAAUCAAACCAGCUGGCCAAGAAGAUUCAUGUGUGGUCACAAGAAGCAACUUCAAUCACUUGUAUUGGACAGUGACUCAACAGCUUGCACACCAUACAAUAAAUGGUUGCAACUUAAGGCCAGGGGAUCUACUUGGAACUGGGACAAUCAGUGGACCAGAGCCAGAAUCUUAUGGAUGCUUGUUAGAGCUAACAUGGAAUGGACAAAAGCCACUCUCACUAAAAGGGACGACACGGAAAUUCCUUGAAGAUGGAGAUGAAGUCAUAUUCAGUGGAUGUUCCAAGGGAGAUGGUUACAACGUGGGGUUUGGCACAUGCUCUGGGAAAAUUCUGCCAUCACCUUAA